AUGCCAGAAGUCAACCAGCAGUGCCGACUCUACACCAGAUCCGGGGCACACCCAUCUGCUAUGUGGAAAGCUUUAAACCUGUCAGUAGAGAACAUCUCCUCACACAAAUAUUUCUUCCUGGUUGGCUUUAGUGAACUCGGAGAGCUGAGGCCGUACCUCUUCAUCCCGUUCUCCUUGAUGUUUGUUGUGUCACUGUUUGCUAACUCCCUGCUGGUGUACGUGAUCAUUUCACAGAGAAGCCUCCACUCGCCGAUGUACAUCCUGAUUGCCAGCAUGUCGUGCAUUGACCUCAUUCUUCCUGUAUUCUUUCUUCCCCACAUGCUGCUGAGCUUCCUGUUUGACUGGAGGGGGAUCUCUCUCAUUGGCUGCCUUGUUCAGAUGUAUUUCAUUCACUUUUUUGGAACUUUUCAGUCCACUCUGCUGCUGUGGAUGGCUCUGGAUCGUUACUUUGCCAUCUGCACACCACUCUACUAUCAAGAACAAGUGACUUUGGCAAAAUUUCUUAAAUUUGUGAUCCCUUCUUCCAUCAGAAAUAUGUUUGUUGUCUUGGUGGUGGUCAGUCUGGCUGGAAAAUUGCCAUUCUGUUUGAGAAAUGUGAUAAACCACUGCUUCUGUGAGCACAUGGCCUUGGUGGAGUUGGCCUGUGGAAGCACCACCAUCAACAGCCUGGUGGGGUUGAUUUCAGUCUUCUUAGUCCCAGUGACUGACUUCUUCCUCGUCACUGCCUCUUACACAGUCAUAUUCAGUUCUGUGUUGACCUCGGGAAAGUCAAAUGCCAAAGCUUUUCAAACCUGUGUUACACACAUUGUGGUCAUAAUUGUUAAUCUGACCAUCGUACUCACAGCUUUCCUGUCAUAUCGAAUAAGGAACGGCAUCCCUUCAGCCGUUAGGAUUUUCUUCAGCAUACUGUACGUAUUGUUUCCAUGCUGUUUCAACCCGAUCAUCUACGGCAUCAGAACUACCGAGAUCCGAGAGCACAUCCUGAAAACACUGAAAAUCUGA